CUUCUCGCCAAUCAGUCAUUUUUUUUUUGCAGCGUUAUCCUCGAUCUUGACGUUAUACUAUGUCUUCUGAGCCAAAGUAUACGAGGCCUUACAUCGUGCUCUACGACACCGAAGGCGGCAACGGAACGUAUCAUUGGGCACUAAUUGUCCAUAACCCUUGGCUUCGGCUUUCUAGCAACAUUUCCGCGUACGAAAUCAGGAGGGAAGGAAAUUACUCGUGGGAUCUGAAUGUAAAUAACCGCGUGAGACUACUUGAAAGUAGCACAUUGCUAUGCCUUGUCGAAUUGCCGUACAUCUCUCCGUCUGUGGCUCGUAGAUUCUUUGCAAGGCAGAGUCCAUCACAGGGAGUUACUCCGCUCCUUCUUGGGCAGACUGAUUGGAACGGCGCCCAAUGGGUAAUUCGCUGUCUUGACCAGGCGGUUCAACACCAAUACUUAUACUCCUCGCUACCCGCUUGCCAGUCUGCUCAUAUUUUAUACCGGUGCAUCUUAUAUUCAAAGGGGAAGAGAUUUGAAGAUGCUACAUAUGGCCGACUCUUCUUCGACCGCAUGCGCUCUUAUGAGAUUCUGAGUACGGUGAUUGAUGGGUCUAUGUUCUUGAUGUCAGAUUUUGAAAAAUUUACCUGUCCUGCAUUCAGUCACACUACCCACCGGUCAUGACUACUUAACUAUCAGCCUUGCUUGCAUCUAUGGAGCGUAAGCUCCUUGCUUCUGUUCGUAUGGAAGUGAUCUAUUCUGCUACCGACGGACAUGAUCGCC